AGAUCGCCCCGGAGCGGUCGCGUGGCCGGCCGGUGAUUGUAGUCAAUCUGGCCGAAUCCUCAGCCGCGGUCGCCGGGGGUGGACUACAUCUCCCGGGAUGCUCCGCGGUCCCUCCACGGACGGUUGUGAAUAUGUAUCAGAAUGUUAAUGAUUAGCCGCUGCUAAAUUUGGUCAAAGAAGUCACCUACACAGAGCGUGUUGUUAGAGCUGUUCUGAGCGGGUGUUUGAGCUGUUGGCUGCUUUCUUUCCCCUCUCUCACACACUUGUAUAUUAUUUUGAGGUGCUGUUCGCAGAGUUUGAAAAGAGGGAGAAUUUAAAAAAAAGCCGCAAGCGUUCCACUCUCUUUUAUUUUUAUAAUCCCCUUCAAUUUGGGGUUAAAAAAAAGACGAGAAAACAGGAAGGAAAAUAAGGAAAUGAAAUGUGGUAAAAGAAGCUAAAAGGUGCCUUUUAAAAGAUCGUUGCUGUGAGGUGAAAAAAAAUCUCCAGAGAAACCAAAAAGCACCGCCGAGACCUCUUCCGAACCAAAGGAGUUUGUGUUUGCUUUUAGGAAAGAAGAGAGAGAUCAUUCAUUUGGAGGAAUAACAACCAAUUAAAAGGCAAAUAAAAAAAGUUUGGAGUGGGACGCCGAGCGAGCCAGCGAGCGAGCGGGUGGCGCUGCCGGCGGGCGCUGGGGCGCGGAGCUCUCACUCUCCCCGCCCGGGUGAGCGGCGCGGCCGCGGCGCCGGGCUCGGCGGGCACGCCUCGGCGGAGCGAACGUCGGAGCGUUGCCGCGGGAGACGCGCACCGGACAAUGCCCGCGGCGGGCCAGUGACGCCCGCGGGGAAUGCGGAGCGGCCCGGCUUCGCGCACCCAGCCGCCGCCGCCGCCGCCGCCGCCGUCGCGCGUUUCUGCCGCCCGCGUCACGCGAGACCCGGCGGGGGCCGGGACCUCCCGAGCCGCACCUCGGACCCGGCCGGCCGCCUCCGCCACCGCCGCCUUCGCCUCCUCCUUCUCGGGGCCAUUAAAGCCAAUGAGCCGCGCGCCUCUGCCCAGCGCAGCCAAGUAAAUCGGUUUGGAUGAUUCGCGACCUGAGCAAGAUGUACCCGCAGACCAGACACCCGGCACCGCAUCAGCCUGCUCAACCCUUUAAAUUUACGAUUUCUGAGUCCUGUGAUCGGAUUAAGGAAGAGUUUCAGUUUUUACAGGCUCAAUACCACAGCCUGAAGCUGGAAUGUGAGAAACUUGCCAGUGAGAAGACAGAGAUGCAGCGGCAUUAUGUGAUGUAUUAUGAGAUGUCCUAUGGGUUGAAUAUAGAAAUGCACAAGCAGGCAGAGAUUGUCAAGAGGCUGAAUGCUAUCUGUGCACAAGUCAUUCCUUUCCUGUCCCAAGAGCACCAGCAACAAGUGGUGCAGGCUGUGGAACGGGCCAAGCAGGUGACCAUGGCAGAACUGAACGCCAUCAUUGGGCAACAACUCCAGGCCCAGCAUUUAUCACAUGGACAUGGUCUGCCAGUGCCUCUGACCCCGCACCCUUCAGGGCUUCAGCCCCCUGCCAUUCCGCCCAUUGGUAGCAGUGCCGGCCUUCUGGCCCUGUCCAGUGCCCUGGGAGGCCAGUCUCACCUUCCAAUUAAAGAUGAGAAGAAGCACCAUGACAGUGAUCACCAAAGAGACAGAGAUUCCAUCAAGAGCUCUUCGGUAUCCCCGUCAGCCAGUUUCCGAGGUGCUGAGAAGCACAGAAACUCCACAGACUACUCCUCUGAUAGCAAAAAGCAGAAAACUGAAGAAAAGGAGAUCGCAGCUCGUUACGACAGCGAUGGCGAGAAGAGUGAUGACAACUUGGUGGUUGACGUUUCCAAUGAGGAUCCAUCCUCACCUCGAGGGAGCCCUGCACAUUCCCCAAGAGAGAAUGGUCUGGACAAGACACGCCUUCUCAAGAAAGAUGCCCCCAUCAGUCCAGCCUCGAUCGCAUCCUCCAGCAGUACUCCUUCCUCCAAAUCCAAAGAACUUAGCCUUGGGAGGGACAUGAGGAAAUUGAGUGAAACGAGUCUCAGCGAAGAUGAAGAAAUAAUACUGGGGUUACAGAGAUGGUUUUGUCACCUAUGGUUUAUGAAUGAAAAAUCUACCACUCCUGUGUCGAAGUCCAAUACCCCUACUCCACGAAGCGAUGCACCCACCCCAGGCAGUAAUUCCACUCCCGGAUUGAGGCCUGUCCCCGGAAAACCGCCAGGAGUCGACCCCUUGGCCUCGAGCCUAAGGACCCCAAUGGCAGUACCUUGUCCAUAUCCGACCCCCUUUGGGAUCGUGCCACACGCUGGGAUGAAUGGGGAGCUGACCAGCCCCGGAGCUGCCUACGCGGGGCUGCACAACAUCUCCCCGCAGAUGAGCGCCGCCGCGGCCGCUGCAGCCGCGGCCGCGGCCUACGGGAGAUCGCCAGUGGUUGGAUUUGACCCACACCAUCACAUGCGUGUGCCAGCAAUACCUCCAAACCUGACAGGCAUUCCAGGAGGAAAACCAGCAUACUCCUUCCACGUUACUGCGGACGGUCAGAUGCAGCCUGUCCCCUUCCCCCCGGACGCCCUCAUUGGCCCCGGCAUCCCCCGCCACGCUCGCCAGAUCAACACCCUGAACCACGGGGAGGUGGUGUGUGCGGUGACCAUCAGCAACCCCACGCGACAUGUGUACACGGGCGGCAAGGGCUGCGUCAAGGUCUGGGACAUCAGCCACCCCGGCAACAAGAGCCCCGUCUCUCAGCUCGACUGUCUGAACAGGGAUAACUACAUCCGUUCCUGCCGAUUGCUCCCUGAUGGUCGCACCCUAAUUGUGGGAGGGGAAGCCAGUACCCUGUCCAUUUGGGACCUGGCGGCUCCCACCCCGCGCAUCAAAGCAGAGCUGACGUCCUCGGCCCCCGCCUGCUACGCCUUGGCCAUCAGCCCCGACUCCAAGGUCUGCUUCUCAUGCUGCAGCGACGGCAACAUCGCCGUGUGGGACCUGCACAACCAGACGCUGGUGAGGCAAUUCCAGGGCCACACAGACGGGGCCAGCUGCAUUGACAUUUCUAACGAUGGCACCAAGCUCUGGACGGGCGGCUUGGACAACACGGUCCGGUCCUGGGACCUGCGCGAAGGGCGGCAGCUGCAGCAGCACGACUUCACCUCCCAGAUCUUUUCCCUGGGAUACUGCCCAACUGGAGAGUGGCUGGCGGUGGGGAUGGAGAACAGCAACGUGGAGGUGCUGCACGUCACCAAGCCCGACAAGUACCAGCUCCAUCUCCACGAGAGCUGCGUCCUGUCCCUCAAGUUCGCCCAUUGUGGCAAAUGGUUUGUAAGCACGGGAAAGGACAACCUUCUGAAUGCCUGGAGAACACCUUACGGGGCCAGUAUAUUCCAGUCCAAAGAAUCCUCAUCGGUGCUCAGCUGUGACAUUUCUGUGGAUGACAAAUACAUUGUCACUGGCUCUGGGGAUAAGAAGGCCACGGUUUAUGAAGUUAUUUAUUAAGGACAAAUCUUCAUGCGAACUGGACUCCUCCUUGUAGCACUUUGUUCUGUCAUCCUUCUGUUCCCCCGCAUCCGAAACCAAGGAUUUCCAGUACUCAUUGCAGUCGUGGAGCUCAGUCCCCGCCUUCCCCCACUUCCUUCCUGCUGUUGAAUUGUGAAUACUCGUUAAGAACCUGUGAUACCAAA